UGGGGUCGCUGAGCCGCCACCAGAUCGCAGCUUCCUCGCGCUGCCUGCCGGGAGCCCGAGCCGCUUCCGGUUGCUCCGGACCCCAGAACUUCGACUCCCGUCAGCCCCCGGGAAAACCGCAGAGGGGUCGCGCGGACGCUGCCGGAACUCGUAGUCCCGUCUUCGCUGCGCUUCAUAGCCGGAAGCGGGAACGCACAGGGCCGGGAACUACCAAGGCGAAGAGACUUAUUUUGAUGUUACAGACUUUACCAGCUGCUUCUACAAAAUCACCUGUGGAACCUUCUCAAGAGGAACAGUCGUUGUGUGAAGGUUCAAAUUCAGCUGUUAGCAUGGCUUCAGAACCUGUUGUAGAAAAUGGAGAGACAGAAAUGUCCCCAGAAGAAUCAUGGGAGCACAAAGAAGAAAUAAGUGAAGCAGAGCCAGGGGGUGGUUCUUUAGGAGAUGGAAAACCCCCAGAAGAAAAUGCCCAAGAAAUGAUGGAGGAAGAAGAGGAAAUACCAAAACCUAAAUCUGUGGUUGCACCACCAGGUGCUCCUAAAAAAGAACAUGUAAAUGUAGUAUUCAUUGGGCAUGUAGAUGCUGGCAAGUCAACCAUUGGAGGACAAAUAAUGUAUUUGACUGGAAUGGUUGACAAAAGGACACUUGAGAAAUAUGAAAGAGAAGCUAAAGAGAAAAACAGAGAAACUUGGUACUUGUCUUGGGCCUUAGACACAAAUCAGGAAGAACGAGACAAGGGUAAAACAGUAGAAGUUGGUCGUGCCUAUUUUGAAACAGAAAAGAAGCAUUUCACAAUUCUAGAUGCCCCUGGCCACAAGAGUUUUGUCCCAAAUAUGAUUGGUGGUGCUUCUCAAGCUGAUUUGGCUGUACUGGUAAUCUCUGCCAGGAAAGGAGAGUUUGAAACUGGAUUUGAAAAAGGAGGACAGACAAGAGAACAUGCAAUGUUGGCAAAGACAGCAGGUGUAAAACACUUAAUUGUGCUCAUUAAUAAGAUGGAUGAUCCCACAGUGAAUUGGAGCAAUGAGAGAUACGAAGAAUGUAAAGAGAAACUAGUGCCAUUUUUGAAAAAAGUUGGCUUCAAUCCCAAAAAGGAUAUUCACUUUAUGCCCUGCUCAGGACUGACUGGAGCAAAUCUUAAAGAGCAAUCAGAUUUCUGUCCUUGGUACAUUGGAUUACCAUUUAUUCCAUAUCUGGAUAAUUUGCCAAACUUCAAUAGAUCAGUUGAUGGACCAAUCAGGCUGCCAAUUGUGGAUAAAUACAAGGAUAUGGGCACUGUGGUCCUGGGAAAGCUGGAAUCAGGAUCUAUUAGUAAAGGCCAGCAGCUUGUGAUGAUGCCAAACAAGCACAACGUGGAAGUUCUUGGAAUCCUUUCUGAUGAUGUAGAAACUGAUUCUGUAGCCCCAGGUGAAAACCUCAAAAUCAGACUGAAAGGAAUUGAAGAAGAGGAGAUUCUUCCAGGAUUUAUACUUUGUGAUCCUAAUAAUCUUUGUCAUUCUGGACGCACAUUUGAUGCCCAGAUAGUGAUUAUAGAGCACAAAUCCAUCAUCUGCCCAGGUUAUAAUGCGGUGCUGCAUAUUCAUACCUGUAUUGAGGAAGUUGAAAUAACAGCCUUAAUUUGCUUGGUAGACAAAAAAUCAGGAGAAAAAAGUAAGACUCGACCCCGUUUUGUGAAACAAGAUCAAGUAUGCAUUGCUCGCUUAAGGACAGCAGGAACCAUCUGCCUUGAGACCUUUAAAGACUUCCCUCAGAUGGGUCGAUUUACUUUGAGAGAUGAGGGUAAGACCAUUGCAAUUGGAAAAGUUCUGAAACUGGUUCCAGAGAAAGACUAAGCAUUUUCUUGAUGACCCUGCACAAUACUGUGAGGAAAAUUGACUGCAAAAGCCUACUUCACACCGCCUUCUCAUAUUUUCUGCCCAUUGACAAACCUCUCCCCAUAUUUUGCAAGACAAAAUUCACAGCAAAAGUCCACAUUAUGUCAGCUUUCUCAUAUUGAGAGCUCUGCUAUGCCACUGUUGAAUUUUUCCCAAUAUUUUUUUCUUCCCCUCUCAAACUGCUUCCUUGGACAGAUUUGGCAAUAGCUUUGUAAGUGAUGUGGACAUAAUUGCCUACAAUAAUGAAAACCUAUAGAAAUUUUUUAAUUUUUCAUUUUCCCCUUAGGCAUACAUAGUCUUUUUCCCCCCAGGCAGAUCAUUCUGAGUGUGCGAGUGUGUGUGCACAUGUUACGAAGACAACUACCAUGUUAAUAAAAUAUUCAAUUUGAAACCCUUUUCGGUAUUUGAAUUGCUUUUGAAUAAUGUUUUUUAUCUGGAUAUAACAUUGUUGCAUUAGCUUUUUAACGUUACCAAGUAAUUGAAUGCAUUUUAUUACUUGGACUUUUCUAAACUCUUUCCCUAUCCACUACUUUAAAUGAGGCAUUUACAAACAGUAUUCAAGUUUGUAUUAAAGGAAAGAAUUAGUUUGACCUCUUUUUGAUGGUAAUGCAUACAUAUAAUUAAAUACCUUUCUGUAACUGUGACACUGCUUUAUUAGAUCUAUCAGUUAUUUUUGGUCAAUUUAUAUUUUAACAUUAUUUCUUAAACACAGUAAAUUGUUUUAAAAUAAAAGCAUACUGUAGUUUUUAUAAGAAAGCAUAAUUGUACCCCUACAAUAAAUUCCAUUACCAUGUUCAAUUAGUGGAAUUUACAAUAAAGAAAGCAUGGUGAGACCUGGCAAAAAUGCCUCCUUUAGAAUUUAUAAGAGCUGCAUGCAUCUAGUAAGAAGAUUAUCAAUUGGAAGUGCCAGAUCUACAAAGUACUCAUUUUACUAUUUGUAUCACUAAUUUUAAAUGUUUGGGUGUUCCUUGCUGGUUAACGAUAAAUCUCAUCCAGCAACUAAAUGAACGCAUUCUUAGGAACCAUCAGAAUUUGCACAGAUUACAGUUAACAGUGAUAAGUAGAAUCAAGCACAGUAUAAGCUUUUUUCAACUAUUUGAAAUUGUUUUCUUAAAUAUAAAGCUGAAAUUUGUUAAACUAUGAUUUGGAUGAACCACAGUGUAGCAUUGUGGUGGUUUUUAGAUUGAAGGAUGACUUUCUGCUACAACUCAUGACUUUGACAUUUUUAAUGAGAAUAAAUGGGAAAUGGAAAAGAAUUUCUGUUUAUUGGAAGUCCCCUUGAUUUUGAGUGUUGCCAUUUAUUGAAGACUUGGCCUUUUUUAGAUUAUAAUUUAUCUCUAAAUAAGAUACACUGUAAUUAUUUAUUUAAUGCAUUAAUUUAAUUCCCUGAAGUCUUCCUUAGAAAAGAAAAGCCUAGUCAAGCUGUAAUUCCAAUCACAAAACCUGAAACUUAAUUUAACUCUUGUUUUCUUAACUAUAGAAAUCCCAUUCAUCUCAUGAAUGGGCUAUAUUUUAUGAACAGGGCUACAUUAUUCUCUUGCAGCUUCCUGUAACUAUACUCAUGGCUAUUAAAUUGCAUGAAUUUUAAUUCUAUUAUGUCUGCACAUCUCUGGGCUUUUAUUUUUCUGGGAAAUAUGGGAAUUUUAAUCAGUACAUAAUAACUUUUUGUACUUCCAAGUUAAUAACAGAAUAGUAGUAAUUGCUUGGAUUUUAAUGAAUCUUUAAAAACUCAAGAGUUGUUAAAAUUACUUCUAAAGAUAGAGUUCCAUUUUUAAAUUGAACACAUUUUAAAAACCAGUUAUGCUUGCUAUUAAGACAUUUACAUUUUUAGAAUAUUAUGUGCAUGUUGCCAACACUCUUAAGUAAAACAUGGCUAUCAACUGUGAAGGGCCUACAUCUAAAAUGUAAUUAUGGAAGAAAAACUUCAUGAAUUCUUGCACAUUUGUGCAAAUAAUUAUUUAACAAUAAUCUCAUUGUUAAAUUAACCAACACCAUAUGCUUUAUGAGCUUUGACAUUUUUUAGAGAAGUAUUCUUAAAGUUGCUGCAUUUUAAAUUAAUUACAAUGGAUAGUUAUUUGGAUGGGGAAAUAAAUGCCUGAAAUAAACUGGCAGUGUGUGGUGAUGUUGGACCUUUAAAAAGCAAUACAGAUUCCUAUGCUGUCAUUUUGUCUUCUGCAAGUGCAGGUUUGUUUAUAUGGUUGACAAUGCAAAAAUAGAGGACAAUUGGCAGCAGAUUUGGGAUAUUACAGACCUAAACAUUUCAUCUUUAGCAUAAAUGUGUUAGAACAAUUGUCUUUGCAUCUUUUUACAUUACUGAUGUUGUUUAUACAACUUUCAUGCUAGAUUAUUUAAUUAUAGUUUUUUAAAAUUAAUUAACUGAAUUUAAGAAGAAAGAUACCAUUGAAAUAAAUGUCUAAGUAAUUGCUAUUCUAAACCCUUAUUUCUUACUGUGGGGGGCUGGUAUAGUAUCUAUUCCUUGCUUUUCAUUUGCAAAAAAAGGAUUUGCCCAGUGAAAAAUCUAUGUAAAAUCAAAAGAGUUGAACUGAGUAUGUACUGCCAUGAACUUAAUGUAAACAAAUAGUAAAGUUGUUGAAUUAAGCCCA